GAGGAGCUGGAAGUGGGGGCUUGACUGUGGCAUGGAGGUGAUAUGAUGGAAGCAGCUGUUUAAUGUCAGUGGGGAGUUAGCACCAACCCUAGAUCAGCCGUUGGCCUGGCGGCUGCCUGCUCGAUGACAGGCUGAAUUUGUGUGAUCUCUGCCGGAGUACAGAAUAUUUCCAGAAUGUUGGAGUCCUACGUGACCCCAAUCUUGAUGAGCUACGUGAACCGUUACAUCAAGAAUCUGAAACCAUCUGACCUUCAACUCUCAUUAUGGGGGGGUGAUGCAGUCCUCAGCAAACUAGAACUGAAACUUGAUGUGCUCGAGCAGGAGCUGAAAUUGCCAUUCACUUUCUUGAGUGGACACAUUCAUGAGUUAAGGAUUCAUGUGCCAUGGACAAAAUUAGGCUCCGAACCUGUUGUUAUCACCAUAAAUACUAUGGAAUGUAUCCUGAAGCUUAAGGAUGAUGCACACGAUGAUCAUGAGAGCUGUGGCUCCAGUUCAACCAACCGCAGCACUACAGAGAGCAUAAAAUCAUUAGCUAAAACUCGUCGCAUCCAACAAGUGACCUCAACUGACCCUGACUUACCCCCAGGUUAUGUACAGAGCUUGAUUAGGCGUGUUGUUAACAAUGUGAACAUUGUAGUCAACAAUCUCAUCUUGAAAUAUGUGGAGGAUGACAUUGUUCUCUCAGUCAACAUUACUUCUGCAGAAUGCUACACAGUGGACGAGUUUUGGGAUCGAGCUUUCAUGGACGUUCUCGCUCCCGAAUUGGUCUUGCGGAAGAUUAUCCACUUCUCCGAUUGUACUGUUUGUCUGGACAAGCGAAAUGCAAGUGGAAAGAUUGAGUUUUACCAGGAUCCACUGCUCUACAAAUGCUCCUUCUGCACCCGUUUGCACUUUACUUAUGACAAUCUCAACUCUAAAAUUCCAGCAGUCAUCAAGAUUCAGGCACUGGUUGAAAGUUUGAAACUCUCCAUCACAGACCAACAACUUCCUAUGCUGAUCCGUAUAAUUCAGCUUGGAAUUGCACUUUACUAUGGUGAAAUUUGCUCUUACAAAGAUGUAGAAGUGGAGGAAACAUGCUCUACAGCAAAGGAGGCAUCCAUUACUCAAAUAGGUACUGAAUCUGAAACAGGACCUCAAGGACAACAUGCAUGCCAGUACCAGAAUGUGGAUGCCCAACAGCAGUUACAGCAGCAGGGUGGUGAUGACGAUCAAGGAUGGGUAUCUUGGGCGUGGUCUUUGGUUCCUGCACUGGUCAGUUAUUCUGAAGAGGGUGAUGAAAGCUAUGAGGUUGAUGAAAAUGGCAUCAAAAUAAAUUGUCCAAGAUCAUCACCACCGAAGGAUCCAAUUAUUUCUGUGGGAAUUUACUGCACCAAAGCUACUAUCACAUUUAAGUUGACAGAAAUGCAAACGGAGAGCAGCUAUUACAGCCCUCAGAAAGUGAAAUCCAAAGAAGUGCUUUGCUGGGAGCAAGAAGGGACAACUGUUGAGGUGCUGAUGAUGGGAGAACUUUUCUUUGACUGCCAAAUGGGUUUUGUGGGUUGCAAGGCUUUCUGCCUUAAGGGAAUAAUGGGUGUGAAAGACUUUGAAGAGCCAUCAAACCGAAGUGAAACUGAAGCCUGUUUCUUCAGUUGUGGUGAAAGUCUGAACAGCAAGGGAUUAACAUACCUCACCAAUUCCCUGUUUGAUUAUCGAAGUCCAGAAAAUAAUGGAGUCAGGGCUGAGUUUAUUUUGGAUGCUGCCCAACACAAGGAGACAUACACAGAGAUAGCUGGUGUACAGCGUUUUGGGGCCUUCUACAUGGAUUACCUAUACACAAUGGAGUGUAGUAGUGGCAAAGGUUCUGUUAGUCAACAACAAGAUGUUUCUGCAAAUAAAAGUGAAGAUCUGGGCAGUGUCCAAGAGAUGUCCACAAAAAGUCUAGUUAUAGGUCCAAUGGAGGUUCGGCUGGACAGUAGCUCUGUUCACAGAAUACUAAAGAUGGUGGCCUGUGGACUGGACCAUGAGUAUGAACCAUACAGUAAGCCUCACUCAGAAACUGUGGAUGAGAAGAGAACAAUGCCAAGCCAAGAAGAAUUGGCUGCUUUAGAAGAGUAUAUUCCAACAAGAUUAACUUGUAUAACUGUUUUAAAAACAACAAUUACAAUUACUCUUGCUGAAUUCAACCUGCUGGACAACCUACUUCCAAUAAUUUUAGGUGAAAAGAACUCCAUGUCUUAUGUAAGUGCACCACAUUUUCAUCCAUUGCGACCUCUACCUGCCUUGAGAAUACAAGUGGACAAGGGCAGUUUGGAACAUUCUGUGCCAAUGUAUGCUGGGCAACUUGUACCUGCUGUCAGCAGCCUUAAUCAACCAUCUGAUAACUUACUGCACAACUGCUAUGCACACUGUUAUGUUAAGAUAUUUGGUUUCCAGGCAGGCCUGACCUCCUUGGAUAGUGAAAGAUCAUUCUGUCCUCCUGCCCCGGUCAUUCCUCCUUUCAGCACAGCCUUUUAUGGCAAAUUACUUCGACUUCCAUCAUACUGGUUGAAACGUCCAUUUGUCCCGACAACAGAGUGCAUAUUUGAAUUGCCCAGUCUGACUUUACAAGCUACGAGGGCCCAGACCUUACUGCUGCAAACCAUCUUACAGAGUUGGACACACAAUACGGGAACAUCAGUAUCAUUGCCAGUAGAUGAAGCUUUACUUAAGGACAUCUUCAGACCUUCAGGUGUGAAAUCCCAGAAUCCAUUGCCAACUCUGGAGGGUUCUAUCCAAAAUGUUGAGUUGAAGUACUGUAGCACAUCAUUGGUAAAAUGUGUUUCGGGGACCAUGGGAUCAAUAAAAGCUUGUGCCAAAGCCCCAGGAAGGAGUGAUGGCAUGAAGGAAAAAUUGAUUCCUCUGAUACAAGGGCCUUCGGAUACAAGAGAGUUGCACAAGAGCAAAUGGCUCAAUGAAAGCAGGAAACCUGAGUCGCUGUUUGCCCCUGACCUGAUAACUUUCACCGUCCAGAUUCCUCAGCAAAUGGACAGUUAUCAUAACUCCGGUGCUGUUCUUUUGGCCUGUGUGCAGGGAAUUGCAGUCAACGUGGACCCAAUCUUUUAUGUAUGGCUUCUUCAGCUGCCUCAGAAAAUGAAUGUGAAACAUAGAUCACAGCAAUCUGCAGGAGCUGUUCAGUUAGUCAUGCCAACAACAAGGAAGAAGGAGGAUGAGGUAUCUGUUGGCAGUACGCCUUUGGCAAUGCAGCAAUCAAAUCAGGCCUCUGAAUAUGCUAGCAGUCCUGUCAAAACAAAAACGGCGACAGAAUCUCGCCCGUUCUCUGUCCCAAUAAAAGUAAUGCAAAGCUCUGAAGAAUGGAGUAGUCCAGAGGAAAGAAUGAAGGAAUUCAUUGGAUUGGUAUGGGAUGGAGUCAAACGUCUAACGCUUCAGCUGGAGGUUCAGUCAUGUUGUGUAUUCUUUCCAAAUGAGAGCCUGCCAUCUCCAAGUACCAUCGUGGCAGGUGACAUCCCAGGGACGGUGAGGAAUUGGUACCAUACUGAAGCGAAUAUGCCUGGGACUUUGGUCAUCUGCUUACCUCAGAUAAAAGUGAUCAGUGCGGGCCACAAAUACAUGGAACCACUGCAGGAGAUUCCUUUUGUUAUUUCACGGCCUAUUCUGGAUGAAGGUGAUGCUUUUCCCUGGACCAUCAGUCUCAGCCAGUUCAGUGUGUAUACUCUACUUGGACAGCUGAAGGCAUGUAAUCUUGUGGAACCCUUGGGCUGUACCUCGACUCUGGCCAUCACCUCACAUAAGCUGCAAAGCUCCAGCCCCGAAACCAGACAUGCGUUUGUUGUCUGUCUCCAUGUGGAUCUGGAGUCUCUGGAGAUGAAAUGCUCAAACCCUCAGGUCCAGUUGUUAUAUGAGCUGGCACACAGCAUGAACAGUGCCUGGGAUAAAAUACAGAAGAAAGGCAUACUGCGGCAGUCUUCUACGCAUCCUGAAUCUGUCUUAGGACCAAUGCCAGGGUCACCAGUAAGAAGUAGUGUCAGUACAGCACCACCAGAUGCUAGCACUUGUAGUCCUUCUGCUGAUAUUGGAACCACCACAGAGGGCGAUUCAGUCCAAAUGGUGGAUGAAAGCCCCUUCGCUGACUCGUCCACACUGGAACAGAAAACUAGUAAUAUUGGUGGAACCACAGGAUGUAUCAGUUUAUGGAUGCAGUGGAUGUUGCCUAAAGUUACUGUUAACUUGUUUGCUCAGGAACCAAGCAGUAAAGGCACAGGUAUUUGUGUUGUUGGUGAACUUGAGGACUUGAGUGCUUCAGUUGAUAUCCAAGAUGUUUACACAAAGGUGAAGUGCAAAAUAGGCAGCUUCAAUAUUGAUCAUUACAGGAGCAGGCCAGGUGAAGGCUGGCACACAGGACAAUUUGAUGGACUGCUUCUACAAUGCAAAGAAAAACCUGGGAUGGCAGCCAAACUUUUAGAAGGUUCCCACCAGCAGCACGGAUUUCUUUCUCUUACUUACACCAAAGCCGUUACGCGGAACGUCCGGCAUAAGUUAACAUCAAGGCCCGAGCGAGUUUCGCGUAGUCUCCACAGGGUGGCAGAAGGCAUCGUGGACAGUUCUCCCCAGUACCUUCAUGAGAUCCUCCUCAGUGCCCAGCCAUUCGACGUCGUGCUUUCCUUCCCUCUGCUACACGGUGUGGCAAAGAUAUUCCAUGCAAAGUUGCCAAAGAAACCGAAGGCAAAGCGAAAGUCAGCGGGCCAACCUAUGAGGGCCUAUGGCUUAACAUCACGAGAGUUACCACUUAUCUAUAUCAACACAAGUGUUGUCAGAGUGUUUUUUCCAAAAGGAGAGGAGUCGUACAGAGGAGGAGCUGUACAGAUGAAAGAAGAUACUUUGGUUCUUAAGGUUGGCUCAGUGUGCAUGGCUCCACAGGCUGAUAACCCCCUUGGAAGGACUGUUCUGAGAAAGGACAUUUACCAGAGAGCUCUGAAUUUGGGAAUACUAAGAGACCCUGGAUCAGAAGUUGAAGACAGACAAUACCAAAUUGACCUACAGUCCAUAACUAUUGGGACUGCAGUGUGGGAUCAGCUGAAACCUGAGAAGGACAUUGGUAAAGGACACCUUUGCACAGAGAGUGAAAGGAAUUACCAGAACCCAGCCCUUGAAUGGAAUAUGUCCAGCAGUAUUAGACGUCACCAAGAACGAAGAGCAAUUUUAACACCAGUUUUGACAGAUUUCAGUGUUCGAGUAACAGCUGCCCCUGCUAUACUUUUCACAAAACAGGUCUCACCAGAGAAUACACAGACUGAGGAAAUUAUAGUAUGUGGCCAUUCAUUGGAAGUUAAUGUUACGACAAGCUUGGACUUCUUCCUCAGUGUUGCUCAGGUUCAGCUCCUACAGGAGUUAGUACAGGUCAAUAUGCACGGAUUGGAACUGGUAGAUCCAACAGCAGAGAUUUGUCAAAAGGAACAGAAUAAGACCACUCCUCCAGAAGGAACUCCAAUGGAUGCAUCGUCACGCCACAGUGGAGCUCAGGACAGUGGUAUUGGGAGUGACAGUGCACGAAUUCGGAUUGUUCAAAUUGAGCAGCAGAGUGGGACGAGUCAUCAUCGCCUUGCAAGGCCUUCCCGCCAGUCUUCCAUCGUGAAAAAUUUGAAUUUUAUCCCAUUUGAUAUGUUUGUCACAGCCAGCCGUAUCUCAUUAAUGACCUAUUCAACAGCAGGUAGUUCCAAAUCACGGUCCCAGCAAGAAAGCCAAAGCCAGAAGGUGAACGACAAACUUGGCAGGAGUACGUUAAACCGGAAAAGUAUGGAGAUUGAUGGCAUGUCAGAGAAUAAAUUAGGCCAGCCAGGGAUCGCAGUGCUAACAGCUGAGGAUCUUCUGAAUAGUAAUGCUCCGUUGAGCGUAGGGAAGGUGACCAGUCACUUGUCACUAGAGAGCCUCCACACCCCAAGCAGAUCAUCAGCUCGACAGGCUCUUGGUGUCACUGUAGUCCGGCAACCAGGCCGCAGAGGAACACAUGAUCUUCAGGUUGAGCCUUUCGUGUACUUAGUGAUAGUCCAACCUUCUUUGUUAUUGAGUUGCCAUCACCGGAAGCAGAUGGUGGAUCUAUCAUUCUUUGAUGCCACAUUGAAAGCUGUCCCUCCAGACUACAAGUGUAUGGAUCCUGGGAAGACUCUUCCAGAAGCUCUAGACUACAGUGUGUUCUGGUUGCAGACUGUUGCAGGUGACAUUGAUCUGAAAGCUGGCAUUCCCCCUCCUCUCAUCUCUUUUCAAAUCAAAGACUUCCUCAAUGGACCAGCUGAAGUUCAUUUGGAAUUGUCACGUCCUUGGAAAGUCAACUUAAGCCUUGUCAAACUGGAUCAAGCAACAAAAUUUUUAAAGAGUAUCCUGCCCAGAUAUGGUUCUGAGAUCACCUCCAAAGCUGCAGUCUCCCCUGGAACAGUUUAUAGGAAAGAGGAGAUGUUUACAUCAGUAUCUGGUGCGAAGAUUGAACCUGGAUCAUUUGCUGAGACAGGAGUGGAUCAAGGAAGCAUUUGGAAAAUGGUCUCUUUCUUUCAGAAGUUUUCCAUCCACACAGCUCAGGUUGUUGUUGCAAUGGAGACAGUGCCUCAUCCCGACAAACCUUGCAUUCUGGCCUCUCUUUCGAGUGUAAAAGGUAUCCUUAACAUAAAAACAGGACCCAAAUCCACAAGAAUGAUUUUGGGUGCUACAUUUGCACUUCAACUGAAGGAUCUGCUUGUAAAGACCUGCCUCAAAGACAGAACCAGAGCACUAAUUGGCCCAUUCUGCUGUACCCUGCAACUGGAUGCUAAGUGGUGCAGGCACAGUGGCGACCCUGACCCACAUCACUCCGUUCCAAAAACACUGGUCGACUUGAAAGCUGGACUGAUCCAGAUAUUCUGGGGCCAAGAGCAUCUGAACUGCCUGAAUCUACUACAUGAACUUCUCCAAUGCUAUCUUGGGCAAGAUGCCAAGUCUCAGACUUCAGACCACACACAGCAGCCAUCAUCUGCCGUAGGCAGAUAUCAAGCAUCCAAGACUGAACACAGUUCUGAUGACUUGAGGACAGGGCAGUUUCAGUACAUUCAAGAUGCAGAUAUACAAAAAGUGCCAAGUGUUUUUGAAGUGGUUUUUUACAAUGAGACUGAUGAUCGUCCAGGGAUGAUGAUGUGGAGAUACCCAGAGCCACGUGUCCUCACUCUUGUUAGAAUUAAUCCAGUGCCUUUUAAUACGACCGAAGAUCCAGACAUCAGCACAGCGGACCUUGGAGAUGUCCUGCAGGUGCCCUGCAGCCUGCAAUAUUGGGAUGAGCUUCAACAACUAUUUGUGGAUUAUCGUGAAUUUAGCCUGUCCGAGAGCAAAGCUUGCGAACUGCAGCUUCCUAACGUUACUUUGGCUAAUGACCAAAAGGAGCUCAUAGCUUCUGAUUUGUGGCGAAUCGUUCUCAACAGUAACCAAGAAGUUACAGAAGAACUGAGCAGUGAUGGUGAAUCUGGCUCACAAAGCGUCUGUGAUCAGCUUGUGUCUCCAAUGGCAUUGGCAGCCUGCACCAGGGUCGAUUCAUGUUUUGCACCGUGGUUUGUGCCUUCUCUUGGCAUCUCAUUGCAAUUUGCCCAAAUUGAGCUUCACCUUUGCCAUCACCUGGAUCAGCUCGGUAAAGCACAUCCCAGCUGUCUUCAGACAUUCAUCCCUGAUAGAAAGCUACCUGCAGAGCAAGAAUACAUGAUUGUUUCUCUGAAAACUCCAAACGUCUACAUGCGGCAAUGGUCUGAUGGUCCUAUCUGCCGAGAACUCCAGUUCUCUGCGAUCACCAACUGCAAGCUGCUCGAGUACCGCAAUCUAACUAUGACCAGCAUUUUAAAACCCCUCAUUUUUCAUGGGCAACUAGCCAUCAGCAACAGCCCUAUGGAACAGCUGAUAGAUGGAAAUGUGUUUGUUGACCCUGUGUUUAUCAGUGCCGGGCAGCACGCAAUUCAUUCACUGGACACAGCAGUUCGUGCUUGGAGACAGAAUGAACAUCCAGAGGCAGAGGAGUUGAUCUUCAGCCACUUUGUGAUGUGUAAUGACACUCAGGAGACAUUGCGGUUUGGCCAGGUGGAUACUGAUGAAAAUAUUCUAUUGGCCAGUCAGCACAGCCAUCAGUACAGCUGGCGUUCACACAAGUCCCCGCAGCUGCUUCACAUCUGUAUCGAGGGCUGGGGAAACUGGCGCUGGUCCGAGCCAUUCAGUGUGGACAACAUAGGCACAUUUGUUAGAAGUAUCCAGUACAAGGGCAGAACAGCAUCACUGAUCAUCAAAGUACAGCCACUUAACAGUGUGCAAAAACAAAUAAUUAUUUGUGGAAGACAAGCUAUUUGCAGUUACUUAAAUCUGGAUGUGGAGCUCAAGGUGGUGCAGCAUUGCAGUGGGCAGGAUGGACAGGAAUCAAUCAAAGAACAUCUUUGCUGUUUGCCACUGAAUCAGAAGAUACCAUCUUUUGUUCUUGAGAAUGCAGAAUUCACUGGGUUGUGCAUCAGGGUUAUGGGAAAUGACACAGACUGGUCACCAGAUGUGUACCUCGAGACUUUUCAAUCUGAAGACAGCACCGUCAUUCAGAUUCCCAAUUCAAAUGGCUCCGUGUUGCAUGUGUGGUGUACUUGUCUGAACCUGGAUGCCAAAUCUCCUGUACAGCAGAGAGUGCUGUUUCUCAGUCCUUUGUUUGUCAUGAGGAGCCAUCUCCCUGAUCCCAUUAUUCUACACGUUGAGAGACGAAGUUUGGGUUUGAAAGAACCUCAAGUCAUUGCUGGAAAGGGGCAGGAAGAGCCACUCCAGAAUGUGGAACCUGAGGUUGUGCACCAUUUGACAUUUCAAGCAAGGGAGGAAGAUGAAGCAUCACAGUGUGCAGUCCCCAUCUCAACAGUUCUCAUUAAACAAAUUGUCCGUGGGCUACAAAGUGAUUGUACUGUUGGCAAGUUAUUUAGAGAGUUCUACAACAAGGACACUGAUGCACGUAACCCUUGGCCAUACAUAACAAAGAAACCUGACAGCAAAAACAGCAGUGAGCUGCUUGCUCAGUGGGACAGUCCAAUGCAAGUUAAACUGUCUGCCUGGAAACCCUGCCUUAAUACCCUUCUUGUUGAACUACUACCGUGGGCUUUGUUUGUUAACCAAUCCAAAUGGGACCUCUGGCUCUUUGAAGGCGAGAAGAUAGUUGUGCAAGUUCCUGCUGGAAAAGUAAUUGUGCCUCCAAACUUUCAGGAGCCUUUUCAGAUUGGUAUCUACUGGGCCAGCACCAACACUGUACACAAAUCGACUGCAGUCCGGCUUGUGCAUGAUGUCACAUCCCCGAAGUGGAAGGAUUAUCCUGUCACUGAUGUCAUUACACUGGAUGAGGAUGGGAUCGCUGAUGCAGAUGUAAAACUUGGAACCUUUCCCGAUCAUCAGAAGCUGUGUCAGUUUUGUAUAUCUUCAGUGGUACGACAUGGGAUUCAGAUCCUUGUGAUUGAAGACAAGACCAUUUUAAUGAACGCCACGACUCACAAAAUCUACUAUCGCCCUAUGCUCCUCUUCCCAGAACAAGCAACACAAAAGGAGCGUGUCCACAUAGCAGAAAGUUCUGUGUUUAGCCUCAGUCCAGCAAGAGCCCACUCUCCUCCUGUGCCAAGUUCCAUUCCUUGCUGGGAUCUCCUCGCAGGUGCAAGUCAAGCAGAUUUCAGCACCCCACUACCCCAGAAAUAUCUGCUGCUCGGCUACUCUCCGCACAUUGGCAUGAACAGCUGUCAGUUCUGGAGUCUGCCAACCAUAAUUAGGCAGGAUUUUCCGAGGCAAAGUGUGGCAGUGCCUCUUAGGGAUUCCGGUGAAAGUGGAUUUUGUUCCAGAGCUGUGGUGGUGUCUUAUCAGGAAUACCUCGGUGUCACCUACAUAACUGUCAGUGAAGAUUCCAAUCCUCGAAUGAUCAUCCACAACAGAUGCACUGUUGCGAUCAUGAUGAAAGAAAAUCUGAAAGAUGCCCCAAAGUGUGCAGUUUAUUGUCGAAAAAUUCCCGCUGAGUGUUCGGUGCACCAUGAACUUUAUCAUCAAGUUUGGAGUUUCCCCGAAUGCAAAACUAAAGACCACCUUCCCAGCAUCCACCUCAGUAUGGUACCCUCACCUGAGGCCUCUGAGGAAUGGAGUGAUGUCAUUGAUCUGAAUAGUCCUGGGACUCAGGUGGUGUUCCUGCCUGGUUACGGCUGUGUAUAUGUGGAUAUCAGUCAUCAUUCCAGCACUAUAAUUGUGACCAUGGCUCCAGAGGGUAGAGCUGGCCCUGUACUAACCAGCCUUCAUGGGACACCGAAACAGACCAUUGCGAUGAGAGUGCUGAUUACUCAAGCGAGCCUGACUAUAAACGACGAUGUAACCAAUCACUGUAAAUCAUCGGAAUUGCUGAGGCUGACCCUGGACAAUGUUCUGUUGAACCUCGCACCGGUGGUGAACCAUGCCAAGCCCCCAUCGCGGGAAUUUCGAGCUGAACCCACUGUUGGAUUUGCAGAACUUUAUAAGCUCGAGGUGUGCGUGGGGGACUUGCAGAUUGACAACCAACUUUACCACCAGACCAGCUUUCACUUCCCUGCUCUGCUUUGCCAGGAGCUGAAACCAGAAAGGCCGCAAUGGAGAAAUGGCUCCCAUUCAACGCUCUCGGCCAAAGACCUUGAUGAUUACAAGCACAAGUGUUUCUUAACAGCCUGCAUCCUCUUGAGAGAGCAGAAUUUUGUCUUCACCAUGAAUGCGCUGGACUUUGAAUUGAAGCCUGCAAGACUCUAUGUGGAGGACACAUUUGUGUAUUACAUCAAGACUCUGUUUAAUACCUAUAUCCCAGACAAUGGUCUAUAUCACAAACAAGUAAGAACACCUUCUGGCUCAGCAGCAGACCUGGCUGUGCCAGAGCAAGUGGUCACUGCCACCCGAGCACUAGUGAACCCAAUCAAAUUGCAGCGGUUGACCAUCCAUGCCAUCAGUUUGCUCGUCAGUGUACAUGCAUCGAUAAAGUUAUACAUCGCCUCAGAUCAUGCUCCUCUUUCGUUCUCACUCUUCGAGCGAGGGCCCAUCUACACUACUCCCAGGCAGCUUAUCCAUGCACUUGCCAUGCACUAUGCUGCAGGAGCAUUAUUCCGAGCAGGUUGGGUUGUUGGAUCUCUGGAAAUUCUUGGAAGCCCUGCAAAUUUGGUGCGAAGUAUAGGUAAUGGGAUAGCAGACUUCUUCAGACUCCCAUACGAGGGACUGACCCGUGGUCCCGGUGCUUUCGUCAGUGGAGUCUCCAGGGGAACAACUUCAUUUGUAAAACAUAUUUCGAAAGGUACCCUGACAUCAAUCACUAAUCUGGCUACGAGUUUAGCUCGGAACAUGGAUCGACUCUCUCUGGAUGAAGAGCACUAUAAUCGACAAGAGGAAUGGCGAAGGCAACUUCCAGAUAACCUGGGGGAAGGUCUACGUCAGGGAUUGUCCCGGCUGGGACUCAGUCUGCUGGGUGCCAUUGCUGGUAUCGUGGAUCAGCCAAUGCAGAAUUUCCAGAAGACGGUAGAGGUUUCGGCUGGACGCAAAGCCAAGGAUGUAAUUUCUGGUGUGGGCAAAGGCAUUGUGGGAGUUUUUACCAAGCCAAUUGGAGGGGCAGCUGAGCUGGUUUCGCAAACUGGUUAUGGUAUUUUACAUGGUGCUGGACUUUCUCAACUUCCCAAGCAAAGGUUUCACCCCACUGAGCAACAGACUGACCAGGCCCCAAACAGCCACGUCAAAUAUGUCUGGAAAAUGCUUCAGUCUUUGGGCAGGCCUGAAGUCUUUAUGGCCUUGGAUGUGGUUAUCGUGAGCAACUCUGGCCAGGAGUAUGAAGGUUGCUUGCUGCUCACUUCUGAGGUAUUGUUUGUGGUCAGUGUCAGUGAAGACACACAGCAACAGGCAUUCCCAGUCACUGAGAUCGAGUGCAGACUGGAUCCAAAGAAAGAGAACGUGCUGCAGGUUGUGCUUAAGCAACAGAGGGUAUCAUAUGACGCAGAGGGAGAUGGCAUCCGUGAGAGACUUUCUGAACAACAGUAUGAUCGACUGGUGGAUUAUGUUACAAAAACGUCACACUACAUAGUUCCCAGCAGCGCAGCGAUGCAACUGGCUUCUCAAGUAGUUAUUGCUGAUCCUCCUGCCUCCCGAAGCAAGACUUACCAGUACCUGGUUGAUAGCCACUAUGGACGCGUGUUUGUCAGCAAGUUUUCUAUGGUGAAAAACAAGGCACUACGAAAGGGAUUUCACUAGUCGGAAAUGUGCAACUAUAACAAGUAUUUUUAGGGACGAAAAUGCUGACUUUUUUCAACUAAACAGCUAGUUAUUCAGCUCUUAAAGUGCAGCACAACCUUUUCAUAAGAAAUUUCAAUGAAAACAAAUGUAAACCUGGUCAGUUUGUUUACGUAAUUUAGUUAAUUUGUCUUUCUCUAAACUGACUGUAUCAACUGUGUAAAUAUUAUGUUGACUGAAAGGGAUCUGGCCACUAAUGCUUUGAGGCAACUUUGUUGAGUGCUGUCAAUAAUGAGAUUUUGCUAUUUGGUAAUCCUUACUUCAACAAAAGAUUUGUUAAUAUAAGUGAAAAUAUCAAAGGCAAAUAAAUUUUAAAUGAGAGAAUUACAA